UUAAAAUGAAACAAAUUCGAAUCGCAACGGCGAGGACUGCCUCCUAAUAAUAAAACGACAGUUUAAAAACUGUUUGUAUUUGUAAAGUACCUACCUGCUUAUGUGUUUAUCUGUUUUAUAUCAAUUAACAUAAUAAGAGUCUUAAUUUCAGUUUAAAGUUAAAUAAAAUUAUGAUACCGAAGUGGAAAUCUAUUCUUAUUCAUUGGAUAAACUGUUAUUUCAACAAUGCCAAUAAAGACGAAACCUCUAUUAAUUUAGAGUCUCUUAUCAAUAUAAUCGCUCAUCUGCGUGAAAAUUUUAGUUUGGACGAAUCUAAAUCUUCUCUACUAGAAGCGCACACCGUUGAGCAGUUUAUUCUUGAAAAAUAUCCACAUUUCAAAUUUGAAAAUGGAACUGUUGAGCCGGCUAGCGAGAGCGAUUUUUACUUAGCCGCGUCAUUGUUAUUGUUCUUUGUUUGUGUGAAUUCAAAACAAAUUGAUAUAAAAAAUGUUAUGUGUAAUAAAUUGAGUGCUGACGACCAAGAGGUGAUACUGAAAUUUAGUAAAAACCUAAUGGAGUCUUCUCCUGUUUUGUACCAGGACUUACAGGCAGCAAUUACAGAUGCAUGUGGUCAACAAAUAAUACCAUCCACUGGUGUACCUCAUUCCAUUAUGACUGAGACUCCUCCAGCUCUGAGGUCAUUGCACAGUGAAGUACGCCGUCUGCAGGUAGCACUUGAUGCUGAGAGGUUCGACCGUAAUUACUUGCAAGAUGAAUUGGCCAGGACUAAUUCUAAAUUAGAAAAGUUGGCUAAAGACAAGGAACAAUAUAAACUUGAAAUCAUGGAUUUGAAAGCUCAGAUAUCACUGUGUUGUGGACAAGAGGAAAAUGCUAAAAGCUCAGAAACUAAAGCUGAUCUUUCCACUAAACUUGCUAAAGACCUACAGGAGAUGGAAGAGAGACUAGUCCAGAUCAAAGGAGAGUUAGAUGAUGUUGUCUAUGAAAGAGAUUCAUUUAGAGCCAAGAUUGAAGAACUCAAAAAGGAUCGUGAUAAAUGGUUUGGUCUCAGUCAACAAGAGUCUACUCGAGUGAGCCAGUUAUCUGAACAACUUGAAAUUGAGAAACAGCAUGUAGCUACAUUAAAAGAACUGGUUACUGAAUUCCGUCAACAUAAUAGAUUGAAUCAUUUUGACUCAAGUUUAUUGGAAUGUGAUGACCCUGAUGCUAGUAUGCAGAUUUUACAACAUAAUUCUUCUAUAUCCAGUGAAGUAUGCGCGAAUGUAGUUGAAGUCCAGUUAGGAGAAGAAAGAGCAAAGAUUGUCGAAUUAAAACAACAGAUACAGGAUUUACAGGACCAACUAAAUGACAUUAAUAAAAAAUCUCAACAAGACAAAUAUUCUUAUGGAUUAGAAUUGUCUGAGAAAGAAUCCGAAAUAUUUAAUCUAAAACAUCGUAUCAAUGAGGAAAUUGAGCAGAAAGACCAUCUCAAAAUGUACUAUGACAAUGAAAUUACUAAAUUAAACAAUGAGAUCAAUGAAUUGGAACAGCGUCUCAAAGAUAAUGGUGAGAAUUCCAGGAAUAUUAUUGAAAGGAAAAUGCUUGAGAUUCAGACAUUGCAAGAAGAAAAACUGUCCUUACUACAAAGCUUAGAUGACGAAAGUGCUAAACUUGAAAAUGUGAUACAAAGCUUAAAGAAAGAGCUUGAAACAGAGAGGCAGUUAAAAGCUAAUAUGAAAGAAAGUUACGAAAGCCAUAUUAUGAAACUUAAUGAAAAAAUGUUGAAUAGGAAUAAUGAGCUAGUUGAGUUACAAAAUAAUGUAUGUUCACAAAGUGAAACUAUAGAAGGUUUAUACCUAGAUUUGAGAAAAGAAAAUGAAAAAAGAGAAGAAUUAAUAAAUAAAUUUGAUACAGACAAAAAACAACUCAAUGAACAAGUCAAUGAUUUAAGCAGAGAUAUAAUUGCCAAAUCCAAUGAAAUUGUAAACUUGAAAAUGAUUUUAGAUCAAAAAACAAAUCUUAUCGAGGAGUUAUAUAAAGAACUGAAUAAUAAUAAAGCUUCAUUGUCGACAAUCAUAGAGGACAAUAAUCUUUUGGAACAAACUAAAGCUAAACUAUUGAUUGAAGUAAAUAAACGUGAUACAAGACUAGAGGAGAUCUAUAAAGACAUUGAAAACCUCAAAUUGGUUUUAACUGAAGAGAAAGAUAAACUUAUUUUCGAUUUGGAUGAAAGAAAUGCAACCAUAAACACCUUAAAAAAUCAGCUGGAAAGUGAGAUUAAUUACAAAGUAGGCUUACAAAAUGAAUUGGCACAACUUCAAAAAAGUAGAAUUGAAUUAUCAGACACUGUUAAGAAAAUGAACAAUGACUUAAUAGAAUUACAAAAAGUAAUUGAUGACAAAGAUCUUAUUGUUGAAGAACUUAAUAAACAAAAUGCUGUUUUUAAUGCUAAAAUAAAUGAAGCGAAAGUAGAAAAUGAAAAACUUUUUGAAGAUUUAAAAAAACAAACUGAGGACAAUUCUAAAAAGGAAAGUUGUAUUAAGUCAUUAGAACUUCAAAUUGAAAAUAUACAGACAACUUUUAAAAAACAGCUGCUGGAAAGAGAUGAAGCUUUAAAGAAAAUUACAAAUGCUUUAGAUAUAGAAGCCACUGAAAAAGAAAUGGCCCUGAGUAAUCUAAAUAAGCUAAAUAUAUUAAAAGUUAACUUAGAAAAAGAAAUAUCGGACGAGACACUUAAUAAUUCGGAACUUCAAAUUAAAAAUGAUGAAUUAGCUCAUGUUAUAUCAGAAAAUAAAACAGUAAUAGAAAACUUAGAACAAAGUUUACAAGCAGAAAAGCAGACAUAUAGAGAGCUUGAAAGUAAUUUUAAUUUAAAGAUAUCUGCUAUGACUGCUCAAAUUGAUGAAUCUGAGAAAAUUAAACUAGAUAUGAUAUUGGAACAUGAACAGUUUGCCCAAAAUAAAGAUUUUGUUAUACAAGGACUUGAAAGGGAUAAUGAACUCCUUAAAAAGCAAAUAGAACACUUAGCAGAAAAAAUAUUACACAUUGAAAAUGAAAAGAAAGCAUUAAAUGAAAAGUUAAGUGAUGAACUUUCACAUAAGAUGGAUAUUGAAGAGACCUGUAAAAAUCAAUGUGUUUUAUUGGAAAAUGUUAAUGAUGAAUUAAAAGCUAAAAUUGAUGAAAUAACUAAGUUGAGAUCUGAAUUAAAGUCUGCUGCAAUAAAUCUUGAGAAAACACAUGCUGACAUUGAAAGUUUAAAUGAUAAAAUGCUUAACGGUAAUCACGAGGCGCAAGUUGUUGUAUCUCAAAAAGAUACAUUAAUAGCAAACUUAAAACAAAACUUAUUAGAUAUUACAAAAUUAAAUGAAGAAUUAGAACACACACUAGAAAGUAAAAACUUAAUGAUUGAAUUGUUGAAAAAGGAAAAAGAAAGCUUACAGCGUUCUUCACAAGAUUAUAAUAAUAAAUAUGAAUCAAAACUGAAAGAAAAAGUUGAAUUCAUUGUUAACUUAGAACAUCAAUUGAAGACCAAAGAAAUUGAAAUUAAUUCCAUAAAAACCCAACUAGGACAAAAUGAAAUACAAUGGCAAACAGAAAAGCUUGAACUGACGAACUCUCUGCAAUGUAAACAAAUAGAAAUAACUGAAUUAAAAACGAAGAUUACUGAACUUGAACAAACACUUAAUGAUUGCGAAGACAGGAAUAAUAACCUAAGAAACGCUUUUGAUGAACUAGUUGAUGAACAACAAGAAAAAACUCUUAAGUUUGAAGAUGAAAUUUCUACCCUAAGAGAAGCACUUCAGUUAGAACAAUACAAAUGCUUAGAAAUAGAUGAACACAGAAAUAUGUUGGAAUCUCAAUUAACUGAAGAAAAGGCGAUAAAGGAUGCUUUGGAAAAUGAAAAGAAAAUUCUUUCAGAAGAGAAAUGUAAUAUAUCUGAUGAAUAUAAAGAUUUGCUUAAUGACAAAGCUAUACUUGCGCAGGAAGUAUGUGAAGAAAGAUCAGUUCGUAGAAUAGUGGAAGAAGAAAAGAAUAAUUUACUUUUAGAAAAACAUGCUCUUGAAGAGCAGCUACACAAUGAAGUAUCCAUUAAAAUCAGUCUUCUAGAAGAAAAAGCAUGCCUAGGUCAGCAACUCAUAGAGGAACGGCUAGUUAGAGAACUUAUUGAAAAAGAAAAAGAAGAUGUGGUUGCAGAUAGAAUGGCAGUACAGCAAAAGCUUGUACAGUGUGAGACGAAAAUAACUGGGCUUGUUAAAGAAAUUGAAUGUUUGGUUCAAAGGAAAUCUGCCCUGGAACACGAAAUAAUUAUUGAAAAGAAGUGUAAUACAGAAGUAAGUGCAGAAUUAGCUUCGGCUAUAGAAGAAUUUGAAUGUGUUAAAUCAAAAUACAAUGUCGUAAAAACCGAGAACAAGAAGUUAAUGUCUGAAGUUUCUGAAUUGAGUCAAAACAAUGUAGAAUUACAAGACAACGUAGAUACCGCUCGAGAAGAAUUAACAACUUUGAAUUGUAAAUAUAAUGAAAUUCUUUCAGAAAGAAAUCAGUUACGUUCUGAAAAUGAGCACUUGAAAUUGUUAGAAGAAGAAACAAAAAAUAAAUUCAAUGUAACUAAGAAAGCACUUGAACAGGUAGACUCAGAAUUAGUUAAAGUGGGAUCUGAGAAUUCCAUGCUACUUUCUGAACUGGAAAACUUGAAAUCUAGGGAAGAAGCAUUAAUUGACAAAUUAAAUGUAGCAAAUAAAGAAUUAGAAGAAAUGAAAUCUAACUAUAAUGUAUUGGAAAAUGAGAACAAUAAGCUUAUUUCUAAAGUAGAGCUGCUAAAAUCUAAUGAAAAAGAACUUAAAAAUAAAUUAGAAGAAAUGGAAUUAAACUAUCAUGAAUUACUUUCUGAAAAAGAAAACUUAGUUUCACAAAUUAAUCAUCUCAAAACAGAAACAGCAGAGAUUACACUAGCAAAUGAAAUGCUAGGCAAAGAAAACCAGUUCUUGAUAUCAGAAAAAGAACGAGUAUUUGAAUCGCUAACAAACGAAAAACAUGUUUUGGAUCAAAUUGAAAAUGAAAAGAGAAAUUUAGAAAAAAAUAUUUUAGAAAUCAAUGAAAUUCAUAGUCUUGAAUUAAAAGCGAAGACUGAAGAACUUAACAGCUUAACAAAAAUGAUGGAACAGAUGAAAACAAAAAAUGACAAUCAACAAGAAAUGAACAAAAAAAUAUCCAAUACUUUGAAUAAGAAUAUUGAGUAUAUUUUUGAAGAAUUAAAAGAAAACAGUCCAAACAGUGAAACCCUACAAAAAAUUCAAGGUUUCACUGAGUUUGAAAAUUUAAUGGACGAUGAGAAAUGUAAUGUGCUAGCAAAAAUAGUUGAAUAUCUUAUUAAUGAAGUGGUACUAAAGAGUAAGAUAGAAAAAGCACUAGAAAAUGAAAAAACCACAUUAAGCGAGAUCCAAGAAAUGUGUAACCAGAAGGAAAUUAAAAUAUUUGAAUUAGAAACUGAAGUAAAAACUUUACAACAAACUAUAACUGAAUAUAAGACUGAAUUUUCUAAAAAAACCGAAACAUACACAACAUCUAUGAGUUCUAAAUCUAAGGACGUACAAACUUUGUUACAAGAAAAUCAAACGCUUCACAGUGACUUGGAUGAUGUCAAACAACAAUUGGAAUUAAAAGUGCAUUCAUUGAAGGAGAAAUUAACAGAUAAUGAGAAUCUAACCGACAAGCUCAAAAAGAGUUAUGAAUGUCAGAUAGAUAACUUGAAUGUUAUGGUGACUAAACUGACUAAUUAUUUGAAAGACAAAGUAUUGGAAUUGGAUAUGUUACGGAAGGAGAAAGAUGAGUUGCAGCAUGCAGUUGAAAAAAGCAAUGAAGGUAUAAAAUCUCUAGAAGAUAAUCUAAAACUAGCAAUGCAGAAUCAAGAGAAACAAAUUAACGAUUUCGAAUCUGAACGUCAAGUUCUGAGAAACAUGAUAACUGUGACCGAAUCCAUAAUGGAGGAUCAGAAGACUGGUUUUAAUAAUACACUCUCUGAAUAUUUGAAAAACAUUGAAACUUUAAAAUUAGAAAACAAAGACAUUAAACAAACUUUCGAACAGGAUACUUUGUUAUUACAAACAAAAUUAAAGGAAAAUGACAAUAUAAUCCAAAUGCUAAUGAAAGAAUUGACUGACGUCAAAAACGAAAAGGUUGAUAUUGAAAAGAAUUUGAGUGAAGUACAGGUACAGUUAGAGACUAUAACAGCGGAACUGAAUGCAGUCAGUAACGAACUGGAUUUGAAGAAAAUUGAAUAUGAAAAACUUGAGGCGUGUAACAGAUCCGUGACAGAAGAACUUGAGAGACAUAAAAAGGAUGUAGAUUGUUUAGUAAAACAUAACAAGGAACUGUCAAAUCAACAUGAAAUAUUACUAAUGCAAUUACAAGAGUUUGAAGACUUGAAGAGAGAUUUGAUGGAACAAAAUGAACUUAAUAAACAUGCAGAAUUGAUACUCAAAGAGAAAACUGAUUAUAUAGAUGCAAUUGAAGAAAAAUUAAGUGGACUCAUGCAUGAGCUUGCAGCUAAAGACGCCGUCAUAUUAGAAAAGGCAGCUGUGGUAGAUUGUCUCAAUAAUGAAAAUGUUAAAUUAAUCAAAGCUAUGGAAGAAAGGAAUACUUAUACUGCAGCAAACCAAGAGACGAGUCCAGAAGCAAUUCAAGACGUUCACAGAGAUCAGGUAGAUAACUACUCCGAAAUUACUCAGUCGUCACUGAAGAGUCUAAAUACUAUUAAUGAUUUGGAAAAAAUAUUACGCGAUAAGAACCGUACAAUAACAACAUUACAAAGUGAUGUAAGUUACAUGAAGUCAUUGAUGGCCGAGUCCGAAACAAGACUUAUGGACGUCACCAAAGAACUCGAACUCAGCAAGGAGAGCUGUCAGCAACUGUCGCAUCAGUUGAAGAAAAUAGUGUAUCAGAAAAACGAAGAAAUCGCCGAACUCAAGAAGCAAGUUAACAAAUUGACCGUUAUGGAAAACAGGGCCAGUCAGAUUAUUAAAGUGUCCGCGAAGUACCAGGCGAUUAUACUGAGGCGCAUAGCCGAAAUCAAAUCUAAUACAGUCUUGAAGGAACUCACGAAUUUCGGAAACUCGAAUACUUGCGACAACGAACUACGGCGCAACUUGAACGCUGGCACCAUCACCAUGGAAGAUUUGGAAAACUUUUUGGAGACCACAGAGAGACAUCUGCGACGAUGCUCUGAGAAACAGAUCGCACUGCAGAAGGAACGAGACAGACUGAGCGAAGUGAACAGAAUCAACGAGUCAGAAAUCAUCAACCUGAAGAAGUUCUUGACGGAAAUGUCGGUCACGUUCCAAACAUUCAAUUCUGUGAAGGACUUGUACGCGCAGAAGUUGACUCGAGUCGUUUCGAUUCAGAGGACGGUCAGACGAGAAAUAUUAAGCCUUGAUGGGCACAUCAAUGAUUCGGACAUGUGUAAAUUAGAAAGAGGAUACGCGGCCGUAAUGCAAGACCUGGCUGAGUGCGCUUUGACCAUGCAGAGGUGGGUCGAGAAGUCCGUCUCGCGAGCCGUAUCGCCUGAGAAAAUUAAACAGGCGUUUGCGAGCGACAACGAGCGCGCCUCCUUCGCGUCGGCGACGUUUCAGAACGCCGGUCUCGAAGUACAACUUGAGGAGUUGGAGAAUACGUUCCAGAAGCUUCUAGCAGAGGUCGCGGCGGGGCGUGACGUGGCGGGGCGGGGCGCGUCGGGACGGGGCGUGGCGGGGCGGGGCGCGGCGCCGGAGUCGAGCGCGCUGUCGGAGGUGCGCGCCGAGUACGAGGACAAACUCAACUGCAUGAAAGCCAAAAUGAAACAACUGUACCAAGAGCAAAUAGCCAUUUUUAAGGAGAAACAACGGGAAGACAUUUCUGUCCUCGAACAAGAACUAGAAAAAGCUCGAGAUAAAUUAGCUGAGUCGAGUAGAGCUUACGAGGAGCACAUCAGGGGGUUGACCGCCGAGCUUUGGAGCGUCGGGGAGAAGUUCCUCGUACAGAGGGACGAGGCGGAGUGGUUGAGACGCAAGCAGAAGUCCGGCUCGCUCAUGUCCCUACAACACGUUCAUUCAUCUGGUCUUGCCCCACCUCGAGAGGAGUCGUCUCGUGCUUCCGACGCACACUCGCUCCGUUCGUUACCUGUCAAUAACAAUGCUAAUUCAAAGAAAGGUCGCGGCCUCCACAUGUCCGACGAAGGCGAAGUGUUUGACAACCGCUGGAUCAACGAGUUGUCGGCGACGCCGCGCCGCGAGCCGCCGCCGCCGCCCGGCGUCCGCCUGUCCGAGCUCCGCUGGAGAAAUUCCCUCUGUCCUCCUCACCUGAAGAGUUCGUAUCCCGCUGAAACACAAUUCGCUUCAGCCUUGGACGAGGAAGAUAUAAAGUGCGUUGGAGCCAACACGACCUGUGGAAAACAGCAAAGGAAAGAAGUCGGUAUAACAGCUUACAAGAAACCCGGACCUCCCACACCGAGCAAACAAGCUGGGAGACUUUCCGCUACCGACUCUGAGCUCCGCGAGUCGCUCCGCGUGGAAGCCGACCCCCAGCCCUCGUCUCGUCGGACGGGCACCCCUUCGAGGUUCCGUUUCAUGUUCCGUUCAAACAAAAACGACACAAACGAAGGAACACCUCGCAGAAGAUUAAGUAAUAUUUUUAGAAUGAAAUAAAAUUUCGUCAGCGUGCUCCAGUUUUUUUUUUUAAUUAAAUAAACGUAUUUAUUGCUAA